CAGCUCUGUGAGUUACUGAGUAGUUUAACCGGGAAAACAACGCGUUUAAUCCGGUAAUUAUUCAUUGUUUUACCGUCAUUUAGUCGGGGGUUUACCCGGUAAUCCAUCCCUGUGUUAUCAGCCCCAUCAUUCAGUGAUUAAUCCGUUAUUUAGUCGGAGUUUGGUCCGUUAUUUAGUCUUGGUUCGGUCCGUUAUUGAGAGAUGGAGAUCGUGCUCGGGUACCCGCGGCUGCGCAGUGAGUUCGGCCGGCAGCCGCUGCUCUCGGACCGGCCCGCGAGCCUGAUAUUGGACCUCCCUCCGGAUCCGAGCCUGGCCCCCUGCUUUCUGCUGAAGAAUCCCCGAGAUCAGGGCCUCCAGGCCGCCAGGGACAUGUCCGAGCACCAGGUGAACACUGAGCGCUUUGAGUCCGACAGCUGUGGGAUAAACCAUGUGGAAGGGGGGUGGCCCAAGGACGUGAACCCCCAGGAGAUGGAGCAGACCAUCCGCUUCAGGAAGAAGGUGGAGAAGGACGAGAGCUACGUCAACAGCCUCCUGCAGCUGGGGGGG